AUGGACCUGUACUCAAAACUUGCUAGCAGUAUGGAAGAACUGUCCAACACAUUCACGUCACGGAUGGCAGCAUAUGAAGAGGAGCUGAAGAGUGUGAGCAGCAAUGAAGCCUCACAUAAAACCAUUGCCAGCCUGUCCCGGGAUUACACGGACUUCAAGUGCUUGGUAUGGAAGACAUUGAGUGCCCUCAAACUGCAGCUGGAGUUGUUGACGUUGGGUCUGGAUAGGCAUGAGAUGGCUUCACGCAAGCAAGUUCUUCUUCUGCAUGGUCUUCCGGAAAAGAAGGAUGAAGACUACGUUUCUCAGGCUGUCUUAGUUCUUAAGGAGAAGUUGAAGAUGACCAAUAUUUCUGCGGUGGAUAUAGCCUCAUGUCAUCGUCUGGGCACUGAGACGGGUAAGCCACGUCCUUUACUAAUUAGAUUACAGAGCCUCAGUCUACGCAGUGAAGUGUGGCGAAGCAAGACCAUGCUGAAGGGCUCUGGACUGGUUUUCUCGGAGUUCCUGACCAAACCCCGACAUGAUGCGUUCCUUGCCGCCCGCAAGCAUUUUGGGGUGAAGCAGUGCUGGACAUCCGAAGGCAAGAUAGUGGUACUGCUCCCGGACAAGUCUAGGCGAAAACUAGAAUCCCCAGCUGAACUGCAGCAAUUAACGAGACAGUUUCCGACGUUGGCUACUUCCGCUACCGAGCCGACACUGGGCGCACGGGGAAGUCCGUUGUCCAACAAGUCUCCAUCGGGGAAGAAGUCGAAAAGGCAUGCGAAAUAA